GCAGGUCUGCUCGCGCAGUGUCUUCGGACGCAGCAGAAAAUUCAGGUUCCUAUUGGCGUGUCCUUCACCAUGAAGGGCCGCUGGUACCAACCGAAAAUUGACGACUACGAAAACGCUGACAUCGGCGAGUACGACCUAUUCAAAGACUGUGUCGUCAGUGACGAAGAUCAAGAUGCAAUACCAGCAGCGGUCUGCAAUCAGACGAAUACAAACUACACGAAAAACUUGGGUUUAGAUAUCAACGCUCUCACGAUGAGAACAUACGACAAGGGUGCCAAAGAGAAACAUACCGAAAUGUUUGACAAUCGAGCGACGUACCUCAAAAAGUUCUGCUACGUAAAGUCCAACCUGACGCAAGUCCAGUUUUCCAUUGCGGCCUAUGACGUGAACUUUGAUAGCAGCGCCUCCAUCUGCCCGCCGGACAAGAUCGUCGGAAACUUCACCCGAACUGAGCUGCUAUACAACCUCAAUAGGUUCAUGAGGGACGGCGAGGACGUUUCAAAACAUGUUCUUUGCGUGACAAUCAUUAAUUAGCUCACUUGAUACAUUUAUGAUACAUUUAUCCCAAUUUUCUUUAUAUGAAUGCACUUCUUAAGGCCG